GAGUGUAGCUAGCUAGUUUUCCUCCAAACAAAUAACUCAAAUGACACCCCACAGUAUUGAUUGAACCCGGGUCCCCAGGCCUUUGUCUUCGGUGGUAAACUACAUUAUAUAAAUAACACUGCACUAAAAUACACUUCACAUGGAGCUAUUAGUGUCUCUGCAUCUACUGGUACUAGGAUAGAUACUAAGAGCUAGGAUAGAUACUAAGAGCAUAGAUCUUUCGCUUAAUUAUCUCCAAGUAAACAUGUCCACUAUCCUUCUACAACUUUCAUCAUUAUCCUUCUUCUUCUUCUUCUUCUUGUCCUUUACAUUGUGUUGUGGAGGGAAUAUAACUUAUGAUUCUCGCUCUCUAAUCAUUGAUGGCCAACGGAAGCUUCUCAUUUCUGCUGCUAUUCAUUAUCCCCGUAGCGUCCCUGGGAUGUGGCCGGAGCUGGUCCAGACGGCGAAGGAAGGAGGGGUGGAUGUGAUAGAAACAUAUGUAUUUUGGAAUGGUCAUGAGCCUUCUCCUUCCAAUUAUUAUUUUGAGAAGCGAUACGAUCUGGUCAAGUUUGUGAAGAUUGUCCAGCAGGCUGGGAUGUAUUUAAUUCUUCGCAUUGGCCCCUUUGUUGCAGCAGAGUGGAAUUUUGGAGGAGUACCUGUUUGGUUGCAUUAUGUUCCUGGAACAGUCUUUCGAACUGAUAAUUAUAACUUCAAGUAUCACAUGCAAAAAUUCAUGACUUACAUAGUGAACCUAAUGAAGAAAGAGAAGCUUUUUGCAUCGCAGGGAGGUCCCAUCAUCUUAGCUCAGGUUGAAAAUGAAUAUGGAUUUUAUGAAAGUGCUUAUGGAGAAGGCGGAAAGCGAUAUGCCAUGUGGGCUGCUCAAAUGGCUGUUUCUCAGAAUAUUGGUGUACCUUGGAUAAUGUGCCAGCAGUUUGAUGCUCCUAACUCUGUGAUAAAUACUUGUAAUUCCUUUUACUGCGAUCAAUUUAAACCUAUCUUUCCAGACAAGCCAAAAAUUUGGACUGAGAAUUGGCCUGGAUGGUUUCAAACAUUUGGGGCCCCUAAUCCUCACAGGCCAGCUGAAGAUAUUGCCUUUUCUGUUGCUCGUUUCUUUCAAAAAGGUGGCAGUGUACAAAAUUAUUAUAUGUAUCAUGGUGGAACAAACUUUGGUCGCACUUCAGGUGGACCGUUCAUUACGACAAGUUAUGACUAUGAGGCACCGAUUGAUGAAUAUGGGUUAGCUAGGCUUCCAAAAUGGGCACACCUUAAGGAACUCCACAAGGCAAUAAAGUUAUGCGAGCUUACAUUAUUAAACAGUGUUCCAGUUAAUUUGUCACUAGGUCCUUCCCAAGAGGCUGAUGUCUAUGCUGAAGAGUCCGGAGCAUGUGCUGCCUUUCUUGCUAACAUGGAUGAAAAGAAUGACAAGACUGUUGUAUUUCGAAACAUGUCAUACCACCUGCCUGCUUGGUCAGUUAGCAUUCUUCCUGAUUGCAAGAAUGUGGUUUUCAACACUGCGAAGGUAAAUUCCCAGACAUCUAUAGUUGAAAUGGUACCUGACGACUUGCGCUCAUCAGAUAAAGGCACCAAAGCUCUUAAAUGGGAAACUUUUGUGGAGAAUGCUGGGAUUUGGGGGACUUCUGACUUGGUUAAAAAUGGCUUUGUGGAUCACAUUAAUACCACUAAGGAUACUACUGAUUACCUCUGGUAUACAACAAGUAUUUUUGUUGGUGAAAAUGAAGAGUUCUUGAAAAAGGGAGGUCGACCAGUUCUGCUGAUUGAGUCAAAGGGUCAUGCUCUCCAUGCUUUUGUUAAUCAGGAACUUCAAGGCACUGCAUCUGGAAAUGGCACACACUCGCCCUUCAAGUUUAAGAAGCCUGUAUCUCUUGUGGCAGGGAAGAAUGAUAUUGCGCUCCUGAGCAUGACUGUUGGUUUACAAAAUGCCGGCUCAUUUUAUGAAUGGGUAGGAGCUGGAUUAACAAGUGUCAAGAUGAAGGGGUUCAACAAUGGGACAAUAGACUUGUCUACAUUUAAUUGGACAUAUAAGAUUGGAUUGCAAGGAGAAAAGCUUGGUAUGUAUAACGGUAUUGCAGUGGAAACUGUAAAUUGGGUUGCAACCUCAAAACCACCGAAGGAUCAGCCACUGACAUGGUAUAAGGUUGUUGUGGACCCACCAGCAGGUGAUGAACCCAUUGGGCUUGAUAUGCUUCAUAUGGGGAAAGGUCUAGCUUGGUUGAACGGAGAAGAAAUUGGAAGAUACUGGCCCAGAAAAAGUUCUAUACAUGAUAAGUGUGUUCAAGAAUGCGAUUACAGAGGCAAAUUCAUGCCAGACAAAUGCUUAACUGGAUGUGGAGAAUCAACUCAGAGAUGGUAUCAUGUUCCACGGUCUUGGUUCAAACCGUCUGGAAACAUUCUGGUGAUCUUUGAGGAGAAAGGUGGAGAUCCCACCAAAAUAACAUUCUCGAGACGGAAAAUCUCUGGUGUGUGCGCUCUUGUUGCUGAGGAUUAUCCAAUGGCUAACCUUGAAUCACUGGAGAAUGCUGGAAGUGGAAGUUCCAAUUACAAGGCUUCUGUCCAUCUCAAGUGUCCCAAAAGUAGUAUUAUAUCGGCUAUAAAAUUUGCUAGUUUUGGAUCUCCUGCUGGAGCAUGUGGAUCCUACAGUGAGGGAGAAUGCCAUGAUCCUAAAUCCAUAUCUGUGGUUGAAAAGGUGUGCCUGAACAAAAAUAAGUGUGUCGUAGAAGUAACAGAAGAGAACUUCAGCAAGGGUUUGUGCCCUGGCAAGAUGAAGAAACUUGCUGUGGAAGCAGUGUGCAGCUGAAAUUAUCAGUUCCAUCAUCAAGCAGCUUCAAAGAUGCAGCAUUUCAUCCCUGCUAAAGUAGAAACGAGAAGCUGAGAAUAAAGAUAGAGAAAGAGAAAGAGCAAGAAACAUUUAUUCUGCAAUUCAUGCAAGCGAAGGCUAUGCUGCUGUUAUGUAUUGUUAAUAUACGGAAAUAGCCAGCAAGGCAACCAUGUGUACUCAAUUACAAGUCGAGUAUUAAAUGAUGAAAUGUUGUCAAUGAGAAUUUUGUAAUCACAUUUUGCCUAUAUAUUAAAAUAAUUCUUUUUUGAAUUCCACAUA